GUGAAUGACAUAGUUAUUUGCAAAAAGAAGAAAAACUAAACAAAUUAUAAAAAAAAUUAGGAAAUAAUUAUAAUUUUAUAUAAAACUAAGUAAAUAAGUAAACAGUGCAUCAUGUUGUGUUGUGUAUGCUUAUUGGAAAACCCAAACAAUAUAAAUAUAUUUGACGAUAUAGGCCAUCAACUUAAAAUAGCUGAAGUUAUAGAAAAAUAUCUAUGGUUUAAACCGCAACCUGAUAAUAUUUUAACAAAUGAAAUUUGUUCAGAUUGCUGGCAUAAAAUAGAUGACUUUCAUAUAUUUUACCAAACGGCAGAGAAAGCCCACAAGGAAUAUGACCAUAAUGCUAUAUCUAGUAUUAAGAUUGAAGUACUCUGCUCUAGUCCAAUUAAACUAGAGCAAGAGUGUAAAGAAGAGGAAACGAUUAACAAUUUAGAUAACAGUGAUAAUGGAGAAGACAAUCAGUUAAAAAAUCCAUUGGAAGAAAAUGAUACAAACGAUAUAAAUUUUAAUUAUGAAUCUAAUGAUGAGGACUGUGAAACAGCUAAUGACUAUGAACCCUCUAGUUCAAGCCAACAGGAAUCUUCAAUGGAUGAGGGGGAUUCGGAAAAUGAUAAAGAUAAUAAACAGAAGCAUGAUAUCGCUAUAAAAAGAAAAACAAGAUGUAAACGUCAGAGAAAUUCGGAAAAGUGCAAUGAUAUUGCAAAGAAAAAGAGAACAGUACAACGUUUAGAUCCAGUACAUACAGAAGAAAUGAUUAAAAAACAUAUACCUAUGGGUUGCAAUUUAUGUGUUUUUGUUGGUACAACGUUUGCGGAUAUUGUGCAACAUUUUAAGAGUGUUCAUCCAAAAGUUAGACCGUACAUAAUGUGUUGUGAUAAAAAGUUUUCUAAGCGGUUUUAUUUAGCUCAACAUGCUUUAAAACAUGAAAAUCCUAAUUGUUUUAGGUGCGAACAAUGCAAUAAGUCAUUUACCACAGUAUGUGGUUUACGGAAUCAUAAUGUAAGUUAUCAUGCCAGCAAAGAAGAACUGAUUUACGCUUGCGAUAAUUGCCCAAAAAAAUUUGCUCGCAGAAAUCUAUUGGAAUUGCAUAAACCUUCACACAUACCCAAGGAACAAUGGAAAUAUGUUUGCAAUAUAUGUCCAAAUAAAAAAACAUUUGCCAGUACAUUUUUAUUAAAUGUACACACUAGCAUGAAACAUAAACGGGAGAUAAACAUUUGUCCGGUAUGUGCCAAAGAAAUUAAAGAUAAAAAGUCCUAUGAAAAGCAUGUACGUUUACACUAUGAAGACAGCGGUCCACGAGUCAAAUGUCCUUAUCCAGAUUGUGAUAGUUGGCUUAAAGAUGAAGACAAUUUGAAACAACAUUUAACGAGACACAAUCCUGAGGGAAUAAUUUACAAGUGUAAUGAAUGCCCUAAGGAAUGCAAAAAUCGACGAGCUUUAACGAAUCAUAAACGUUAUGCUCAUUCGAAUACUAUAUUCCAGUGCGAGCAAUGUGAUAAAACAUUUAAGAAAGCUAUUUCGUUAAGAGAACACUUGACUCAACAUACUGGCGAAACUUUGUAUAAAUGUCCUUUUUGCACAAGAACUUUCAAUUCAAAUGCAAAUAUGCAUUCUCAUAAAAAGAAACAACAUCCCGUAGAAUGGGAAGAGUGGCGCAAAAAUAAACGUGGCAGUGCUCAGAAGUUAAUAAAUAAUAAAAAUCCAUUAAAUCAACUUGAUGAAACACUGUCAGAAUUAAAUAAUACAUUACAUUUAUUAUAAAGAAAAAACUAAAUAAAGCUAAAUUUUAUAUUUUAAUUUGAA